CUUUGUAAACCACACGAAGAACUUCAGGCUGCUCCCCUUUUCCAUACGGAAAGUGGAUGGUGACAGCAGCUGUCAAGCUCCAGAAUGUACCAUAACAAUAGUCCAAGUGACUCGUGCGCCUCAAAGCCUGCUAAAGGCAGCUCUAUGUGAGGAAUAGGCUGAUAUCUUGUGCCGUGCCAUAGCUUUCAAGUCUCGUUCCGCUUCUGUUCAAACAUGGCCCCUUUACGUUGCGCGUAGCAGUACCUGCAAUCUGAUUGUUUUCCCGCGAUGGUACGCGUGUGUGCUUUUCCUGGAUGUUUUAACCGAGAGAAAGCAAUAAGACUCCGUCCAACGGCAUCAUCACAGGAGGAAAGUUUGACUUUCCACACAUUGCCGCUGCACGAUCCAGAGAGACUGAAGCUGUGGCUGCUCGCUCUCAAACGGGAUAUUAACUCACCCGUCGAAUCUAUCCGCGCAUUGAGGGUGUGCAGUGAGCAUUUUUCUCCGGACGAUCUCACAGGACCAACUCGACGAUAUCUGAAUUCAACCGCUGUGCCUGGGCAACAAACAUCUCCCAUUGAUGAGACUGUGAGUGAUCCAGACGCCCUGUCAGCAGAUGACUGUGGAGAUAUAGAGGAAGAUGAUGAUGAUGUGUAUUUUGCGGAUGAUUUUGAGUCAACUUCAGGAAAGCAAAAGAACCACAGAACCUGCCCUGUACAACGUGGGCAACAGUCAAAACUCAUUUUAACUGUUACAAAUCAGUCUACGUCUACAUCUCCAUCUCCAUCUAUUUUUGGGACAUACUAUGCUCUUCCCCCCACAUGGUACUACCAAAUGGAUGAUCCUGCAAAGAUUGGACUGCCAAUGGAAGGAAGUUCUGAUGUAAACAUCAGCAUGGAGUUUGCUGCUACUUUAGAAGGAGCGAAGUCACAGUCUACAUUUUCACAGCUGGGCUCUACGUCUGCAGCAGGUGUUUUUAUGGCCAGUGAGGAUUCCACAGGACAUCCGGACACGUACCAGGGUAGAGGAGCGGAAAAGGGCAAUACACUAGACCACAACAGAGAAUUAAAAAAGAGUGUACUGGGACACUAUGAGCAUAAGAAGGAAGCCACUGAAUCAGAGGAGAACAAGGACAGAGAUAUUAACGCAGAGGACAUGGCACAGUGUUCGGAAGAGCUUGUGAUCACUAAAGUUGAGGACUGCACGAAUGAAAUGGCAGUGGACCAGAAUGAGGAUUAUAAUGGGAAGAUGGAAGUGGAUGGACCAGCAGAUUUGGAAACAAAGAAAGCCAAAGACGUAAAAGCCAAGACAAAGGAAUCUGCUGCACUAACGAUCAAGGAUGAACCAAUGGAUGAAGAGUGGAAGAAAGCACCGCAGUCUCCAAUGAGAAACAUUAAGGAUGAUGAGGAUUUUGACCAAAGCCCUGAUGUCAAGAUUCAAGCUGCAUUGCCUGUUGGAGUAAAUACUUCCACUGCAUCCAUCGGAGCUCCAGUAGGCGUCCCAGCAAAAGCACCAUCAAUCCCAGCUGAAUCUGUUCAACCUUUUAAUCGGCUUGGUGUGCUAUGCACAGCCUGUAAUAAGGUCAUGCUGAAGGGACAGACGGCAUUCCAGCGCAGUGGCUCUUCUAAACUCUACUGCUCACCUGCAUGUCUCUGCAACAGCAAGACGAAAACAUGUCACUCCUGCCAUAAAGAGAUUCGUGACCAGCAUAACACUAUAAUUGGCCCGGUGGACAUGUUAGGGACUGUGAAGGACUUCUGCAGUCAGAAAUGUUUCAGUGCUUUAAACUUCAAGUGCAGCGUGUGUCAGAAGACAGGAGUGACUCGUCACGAAGUGAACUUCAUGGGCUCCGUCCAUAAACUGUGCAGUGACAGCUGCUUCAACCAGUUCCGCUCCUCAAAUAAGCUGAACAUGAGCAGCUGUGAGAACUGUGGUGGAUACUGCUAUGGCACAGACAGUCAGUGUCCGUCUUUGCGGAUGGAGGACAGAGUUAUGAAGUUCUGCAAACAAAACUGCCUCACAGCCUUUAAACAGAAGAGCCUGAAACUUGUCAGCUGCAAAAUGUGUCAUACCCUGCGCCCGGCUGCAGAUGCGGUGGACAGUCCCAACUCGGAGGGCAUCAGGGAGCUUUUCUGCUCCACUUCCUGUGUUACGGCGAGUAAAGGCCAGACCAGUUCGUCAGGUAUUCCUGUGGAAUGCAACAACUGCAAGCUGAAACUAGUGCCUCAGUACCACAUAGCCAUGUUUGAUGGAUCCGUUGAGAACUUCUGCUCUUUUUCCUGUGUACUAGCAUAUAAGGAAUCUUUCAGUAAGACAAAACCUAACAACCAGGUGAACAGGGUAACAUCUUCAAGCAACAACACAUCUACCCCAAAACCUGCUGCUCCCAAACCUGCUUCAACAGAGUCUAGCUCCUCAACAAAGACUAGCGCUCCCAGUGAUCAGGGCCAAACAGUCACCAAAAUCCCCUGCUCUCAGUGUCUGAACUCAUUCUUCCACAAACCAGAGCUGCUGGAGUUCAAGAGGAAAAUGUAUGCUUUCUGCGAUAAUGAUUGUAUUGAUGAGUUCAGAAGGAUCAACAACGCGGUGGCUCGCUGUGAAUACUGCAAGCUCAAUAAAACUGUGAAAAUAGUGAGAAGGAUAAACAAGUUUGACCGUUCUUUCUGCAAUGAGAGAUGCAAGUCACUCUUUGAGCAUGACCUGGUCAAGCGGUGGGGGAAGAAACACUGUCGCAACUGCUUCUACUGUGGCAGCACCUCAAAGACUGUGGUGACUGAGGUCUUUGAUGGCAAGCAAGAGGAGUUCUGUGGGAACGAUUGCUUGUUAAAACAUCGUUUAUUAAUCCGUCAGGAGAUAAAGUGCUCCAUGUGCAGGCAGGCCAAGAAAAUGACAGAGACCGUGAACUGGCUGGGUGAGAUGAAGCAUUUCUGCAGCCUGCGGUGCCUGAUGUUCUUUUGCAGUCUGCAGGGCGUCACUGGAGCCAUCAUCAAAGCUACAAGCAAAUCUGUUGCCACACAGAGUGCGACUUCAGUAUCCUCUGCAGUCCCUCAAAGUGCUAAAGAGGGCACACCGGUCAUUGCCAGUGUUGUUUCACUUUCAAAUGCAUCUAACAAACAGCCAGGUGUUCACAGAAACACAGAUCCGAAAGGCUCUGUUCCAGCUCCAGCUAAAGUUAUCGAGCAAAAACGUGCUGCGAAAGCUCCUGUCUCGUCAUCCCAAAUCCUGAAGAACAAGGAAAUAACAUAUAAACCCAUAAGCAAAAACAAAGCCACGUCCUGUAAACCCCACACCACUGAUGCUGAGACACAGAUAGAUGAAACGCCUAAAGUGAUAGUGCUGCCUGUGCCGGUGCCAGUCUAUGUGCCAGUUCCCAUGCAUCUCUACAGCCAAUACGUUCCACAGUCUGUAGGGAUUCCACUUCCGGUUCCAGUGCCGUUGUUCUUCCCCACGACUCUGGACAGCGCUGAGCACAUCGUGAAGACCAUUCAGGAAAUCAAAGAGAAGAUCCCUGAUGAUCCUCUGGAGGCUGACCUCCUCAUGAUGGCGGAGAUGGUGGCUGAGGAUACAGAAAGGGAGAAACACACCACAUCUAGUGAUCAGACUGGUAACAUUAUGGAGGACCUUGAUUUUGAAGCCCUAUCCAGCAAUUUGAGUUGGGAGGAGGACUCUGUGUCUUCUGCUCAGACAUGGGAUCAACCCCCAGAGCCUGAAAGGCCUCUUCCGUCCAGUUCUGCCACACAAAUCCCCAUCUCUACCGCAGCAGAAGAGCCACAGAUGGACCUGGAGGCUGAUUUCCCAGUUGAAAGCAUUGAACUUCUCAGAGAGCAAACACAAAAAGACACUGAUUCUGGCAAACGAAGAUCUCGCAAGAGAGGAAACGAUGGCUUCCCUCUGAAGAAAAAGGGUCAUAAAUGUGCAUCAGCGCUUCCCCACAACCUCUCCAAACUGCAACACGAGUACGGCGUCAAUGCCUGGAAGGACUGGGUCCGCUGGAGGAACGCCCAACCCAACAUGGAGGCUCCCAAAUUUGGCACACAUACUAUGACAAUAAAGGAGGACCUGUUGAAGUGUUGCACGGCUGAACUCAGCUAUGGCCUCUGUAAGUUCAUCUCUGAAGUUCGUCGACCCAGCGGAGAGAACUACAGCCCUGACAGCAUCUUUUACCUCUGCUUGGGCAUCCAGCAGUACCUGUUUGAAAACAAUCGGAUGGAGAACAUCUUCUCAGAUGUCUUCUACACCAAAUUCUGCCAUGAAAUGAGCUACAUACUCAAAGGAUGGAAACCAACUAUUUUGCCCAGUGGUUACAUUCAUUCUCGUGUGGAGGAGGAGUAUCUGUGGGACUGUAAGCAGCUGGGAGCAUUUUCACCUGGUGUGCUGCUCAACACGUUGCUGUAUUUCUUCACCAAGUUCUUCAACUACAAGACUGUGGAGCAGCACCGUUGCCUCUCUUUUGCAAAUGUCAAACGCUACUCUCGGGGUCCAGCUAACUGCAAAGUAUCCUACCUGCGUUUCUACCCCCCGAAAGAGGACGCAAGCAUGGAUGGUGUCCCUGUAAAGAAGAGGAAGAAGGAAGAUGAACGGCAAAGGAUGCUAAAGAUACGGCAGAAUUCAGACAAUCCUCUCCGCUGUCCCGUCAAGCUAUACGAGUUCUAUCUCUCAAAAUGCUCACCAGGCGUAAGACAACAAGCGAACCAAUUCUACCUGAGCCCAGAGCGCUCCUGCGUACCCAGCAGUCCUACAUGGUUUACAACCACCUCGUUGAGCGAUGAGGCUCUGGACAGCAUGCUCACACGCAUCCUUACUGUCAGAGAGCUGCACCUGGAGACGGAAAAAACACCCAACGAGACCGAUUCAGACAGCGACUCUGACUUCAGACAAUUUUAAUACAGCAAAACUGAGAACCUGAACACAUCCUCUGGGAUAUUGACUGUAGUUCUGAAUGUCGGAAAGCAAGCAGUUUAUUAUUGUUCAUCCUUGUUAACUACAAGAAUAUUGUAAAUGGAAAGCGCGCAGUUAAACACCAGUGGGAUUGCUGUGAGUCGCAGAAUUUGUAUUAUAUUUCAACACUAAAGACAUUGACAGCAUCAUUCCAAACUGAUUUUGAAGUUGUUGUUCUUCAUUGUAAACCAUGUUGGUCCAUAUAGAUUGGAAUGUUCCUGAAAUUAAGGAAGACUUUUUUUUUUUUUUUUUUUAAUGGAUUAAAAAAAGACUGUGAAACUGA